CCCAACUCCGUUUUACUAACCCAACAGCAUCGAAGCCCACCCACGACCGAGGUAUGCAUCACAAUCGUUUUCUCGUUCUUUUCCAACGACAUCACUUUCGACUUCCGGGGUUCCUCGAAUCAAUUCACUGACUUGGUUUUUGUUCGGGGUGGUUUAUUAUAGGGUCAAUCACCGAAUCAAAGAUGGCUUCGCGACCUACCGUCACCAUCAUCGGCGCCGAUGGCAAGGCCACGGGCAACACUCACACCUGGCCUCUGGUCUUCCAGGCGCCUAUCCGUACCGAUAUCGUCCAGGAGGUGCACAAGGGUCUGGCCAAGAACAAGCGUCAACCUUAUGCCGUGAGCUCGAAGGCCGGUGAACAGACCUCGGCCGAGUCCUGGGGCACUGGUCGUGCUGUUGCCCGUAUUCCCCGUGUCUCGGGUGGUGGUACUCACCGUGCCGGUCAGGCUGCCUUCGGUAACAUGUGCCGCUCCGGUCGCAUGUUCGCCCCCACCAAGACCUGGCGCAAGUGGCACAUCAAGGUCAACUUGAACCAGAAGCGCUACGCCGUCGCUUCGGCUCUGGCUGCCUCGGCCGUCCCUCCUCUGCUGCUCGCCCGCGGCCACCGCAUCAACAACGUGCUCGAGGUCCCCCUCGUCAUCGACUCGGCCGCGUUCGAGAACGACGCCGUGGUCAAGACGUCCGCCGCGUUCGGGCUCCUCAAGGCGGUGGGUGCCGGUACCGACGUCGAGAAGGCCAAGAACUCCAAGAAGCUCCGCGCCGGCAAGGGCAAGAUGCGCGGCCGGCGCUUCCGCCAGCGCCGCGGCCCCCUGGUGAUCUACGACCCGGAGACCGACGGCCGGGACGUGGUCAAGGGCUUCCAGAACCUCGCCGGCGUCGAGACGUCCCCCGUGACCGAGCUCAACCUCCUCCAGCUGGCGCCCGGCGGUCACCUCGGCCGGUUCAUCGUCUGGACGUCCGCCGCGUUCAAGGCGCUCGACACCAUCUACGGGUCGACCACGGAGGCGUCCGAGCUCAAGAAGAACUUCCUUCUGCCGUCCAACAUCAUCUCGCAGGCCGACCUCAGCCGUCUCAUCAACUCGCAGGAAGUGCAGUCCUCGGUGCGCGCCCCCAAGGGCGGCCCCACCACGCGCCGCCCCGCGGUCCAGAAGAAGAACCCGCUCCGCAACAAGCAGGUCAUGCUCCGUCUCAACCCGUACGCCGCCGUGUUCUCCAAUGAGCACCAGAAGCAAUAAGCUAUUGGGCUUGUUUUCCUUCUUCUGUGAACAUUCAUUUUCUGUUGAUGACUUGGCAAAAAGAACGGGGCUGGGGGGGGGAGAGAAGGGGGGGAGAGAAAGAGAGGAAGGUUUUGCGAAACGGCUUGGCAUGGCAUGGCAUGAUUUCUCCUCGAGGCGUAAAUGGCAACUAGGAAGGUUGACCUCUUGAUCAAUGGAAAAAGAAGAUUCCCGGA